CUCUCGUUGGUUGGUCAUGGUGGGUCGGAGUGGAUCUCCGGUGCGGAAGUGAUUUCGGGGUGGUCCCCCGGGGGGGUGCGGGGGCGCGCGCGCGCGCUGAUUCUGUCGACCCGUCGUGGUUUCGGCGACUCCGGGGCCCGUGUGUUCGCGUCUCUCGCGCGCGCGCGCGGCGGGAGGGAGGGGGAGAUGAACGGCGGCGAUGAGGUCGUCGCGGCGUCGGGGAGGUCGCUGCGGCCGCCUCUCGAGUGGAAAUUCUCGCAGGUCUUCGGCGAGCGCGCCGCCGGCGAAGAAAUCCAAGAAGUAUGUGAUGAUCAUCAUGGACUUCGUAAUGUGUUUGCAGUUGAUAUCAUAUCAGCAAUUGAGUUUGAUAAAACCGGUGAUCAUCUUGCCACGGGUGACCGGGGUGGUCGGGUGGUUCUUUUUGAAAGGACCGAUACAAAAGAUGUUGGUGGAUCCCGAAGGGAUCUGGAAAGAAUCGACCAUACUGUUAGUAGACAUCCCGAGUUUCGCUACAAGACAGAGUUUCAGAGCCAUGAGCCUGAGUUUGACUAUCUGAAGAGUUUGGAGAUAGAGGAGAAAAUCAAUAAAAUCAGAUGGUGCCAAACAGCCAAUAGUGCUCUAUUUCUUUUAUCUACCAAUGAUAAAACUAUCAAGUUCUGGAAGGUCCAGGAGAAGAAGAUAAAAAAGAUUUCUGAAAUGAAUGUGGACCCUUCUAAAGCUGUAAGCAAUGGUACUGUUGCGAGCUCCAGCAGUUCAAACAGCCACAGAACAUGUCUGGCAAAUGGGGGAUCCCCAGAGAGAUCAUACGAUUCUCUUAGCAAUGAUUUCUCAUUCCCUCCAGGAGGCAUCCCUUCACUACGCUUACCUGUGGUAGUGACCAGCCACGAGACUAGUCUGGUUGCCAGAUGUCGAAGGGUGUAUGCUCAUGCUCAUGAUUAUCAUAUCAAUUCCAUUUCAAAUAAUAGUGACGGUGAAACAUUCAUAUCUGCUGAUGAUCUGCGUAUAAACUUAUGGAACUUAGAAAUUAGCAAUCAAAGUUUCAACAUCGUUGAUGUAAAGCCAGCAAAUAUGGAGGACUUAACUGAGGUGAUAACAUCAGCUGAAUUCCACCCUACACAUUGUAAUCUGUUGGCAUAUAGCAGUUCAAAAGGCUGCAUCCGCCUCAUUGAUUUGCGACAAUCAGCUCUGUUGGAUUCUCAUGCCAAAAUAUUUGAGGAGCCGGAACAACCUGGAUCUAAAUCAUUUUUCACGGAGAUUAUUGCUUCGAUUUCAGAUAUUAAGUUUGGAAGGGAUGGGAGAUAUAUACUUAGUCGUGACUAUAUGACUCUAAAGUUAUGGGAUAUCAACAUGGAUUCAGGUCCGGUUGCAACCUUCCAGGUCCAUGAAUAUCUGAGACCCAAGUUGUGUGAUUUGUACGAAAAUGAUUCAAUAUUUGACAAAUUUGAGUGUUGUCUAAGUGGUGAUGGGUUACGAGUGGCGACAGGUUCAUACAGUAAUCUCUUCCGCGUCUUUGGUUGUGUGCCGGGGAGUACUGAGGCAACAACUUUGGAAGCCAGCAAAAAUCCAAUGAGAAAACCAGUUCCGACUCCUUCAAGGCCUUCCAGAUCCCUCAGCAGUAUUACACGAGUAGUCCGACGAGGGGCAGAAUCACCCUCAGUUGAUGCCAACGGAAAUUCCAUCGAUUCCACCACGAAGUUGUUGCACCUCGCAUGGCACCCGUCUGAAAACUCAAUUGCCUGUGCUGCUGCAAAUAGCUUGUACAUGUAUUACGCAUAACGAUGGGACAGUGACAGAUACUCUUGAUGGUAUUGGUUCGGGCUGCUCUUGGAGAAGAAGGCUGCGGGGACCGAAUCGCAUCUCACCUCCCAAGUGCCUGUUAGAUUUGUAGCAUGUGGUUUCGAAAAAAGUUAAAGCUGUAUCACAGGGUCUUUGCCCCGGAAAUCAGUGAGGAAGCAACUCAUUUUUGGUCCUGCUGUGGCAGUUUGCUUCGCAUGUUUCUCCACCCACUGCUCUUUAACCCUCUCUGGAAUUUCCUUCUUCUUUUCUUUCCCCAAUUAUUUGUUCUCUCUCUUUGGGCACCUUUUUCUCAAAGGGAAGGUGCCGUGUUCUGUUCUAAAUUUGUUUCUGGGUUGAAGUCGGAAAAGGGUAUGCGAUUGUAGCUCUCCUACAACCAGAAAAAAAAAAAGGAACAAAAAAAGAAAAAAGAACUGAAGAAUGUUCUAUUAUAACUUCCACUAGGUUUAAGAUUAUGACUGUAGCUUUAUUCAAGUUCUGGUGGGGAAGGAGCUGUUUGGUACACUCACUGCAUCGAUUUUUUUAUUGAUUCUUUUGUCUUGGCUAAAGAUUUCAUAGAAGGGUUGGUUCUGGA